UUGCAUUCUGGGAUUGUUGCCCGAUAUUCGCCAUGUUGAAUUUGAUAGACGGACACCCGUCAAACUACUAUUUCAUAUUUUGAUAGUCUUUUAGCAUAUUUGAAACAUUUGAAACAUUAGUUUUGUAGUAACGUGCAUAUAAUUUUCCUAAAUAUGAGUGCUGCGGACGACAAAAAGGCGAAGCGUCGAAAAAUCAAGAAAAGUCUUGUUGCCAAGAAUCUCCCCCGGUCGUCGACUUGUCAAAAUGGGACGGAAGCGUCAAACUUAUCCAAUUCACCUUCAGAAACUAUUUUGUCUCCAGCAAUAGAUAGUGAGACACUGAGAAGAUUGGAGAAAUUAAUGGAUGCAAGUGACGAUGCAGAUUCUUUAGAACUGUUAUCUCUGUCACGUGGACCUAACCCGUACCUAGAUAAGGAGAGAUGUUUGUUGUGUGGCUGUGAAAGACAAGACCCUCCUGAAGCUGCUGCAUAUAGAAUAGAAAAUUCUGAUUGUGAGAAGAGGGCAGUUGAAACAAACUUAUUAACACAGCUUCCAUUAUGGGUUUGUCCAGAAUGUAGAAAGUCAACUGACCAAGAAAUGGAGAAAAAGAUGUCUUCUAAUAUUUCAGGAUUUAUGGAUCCUGAUUUACCACCAGAACCAUCAUCUCCACCUUUCUUACCUGAAGCUGCUCUACGAUUCAGUUCACCGCCAAAUACCAGUAAUGGAAGCAUGUGUUCUUGUGAUGCUUGUAAGGAAAUGAGAGAAAUUGAAGCACAACAUGAUCUUGAAACACACGAAUUACAGAAUUGUUGGACAGUGUUAAGAAAGUUAGUGCGAGUUAUGUAUGGUAGACGUGAAGAAGAUAUAACCCCAGAUAACGACACACCUACUGAGGAGGAAGCUAGGGAAUUAGUAGAUAGACUAUGCACAAGAGAUCCACACCAGUUAUUUUUAAGAUUAGAGUCCCAAGUGAGGGAAUUUGUUAUAGAGAUGAAGGUGAAACUAUUAAAACAAUUAAAUUCAGGAUACAAGACACCCCCUGAAGCCAAAGCUUUCAUUUCAUUGUUAUUAGAUGAAUAUUGUCAUUUAUGUGGUGUUUCAAGGAAGAUGUCGGAAAUAUUAACAAAACUGAAAACUGACCAUCUUGCCAAGUUUAAUGUGACCUGGGAGUUACAUAACAAACAUUUAUUCCAAUCCAUAGCUUAUACUGAACCAUCCAUACAGAGCAGUCUUCAUCUGAUAAUAACACAACUAAGGAUGGGUGCUGCAUCUAAAGAAUCUUACAAUGAAGAUACCUACCCUAAUUUAUUACAUAGAUAUCUAAAGUUUGAUGAUGAAAUGUCAGUGAUAUCUGUUGUAUGGAGGGAUAGUCAACAAUUAAUAGAACAAUAUAAUGAAGAACAGGCUGCCUUAAAAUUAAAACAGAAGAUGUUAAAAGAAGAUUGGGAAUUUUUCAAAGCACAGCGUACUAUAUUAGAACAACAGGUUGCAAAGAAUGACCAACCACUUCCUCCUCACAACUUUGAGCAGCAGUUUACAGAAACAAUGAGGAUGAUGUUACAAGGCACCAAACCAAGUCAAGAAGAAUGUCACUGUCCUAGAUGUAAUAGAAAAAGGUGUCCCUGUGAUGAGUGUACUAUAACACAUAUGAUAACAUGUGGUAUUAUAAACCCUGAAGCAUUAGAAGAUCAGGAGAAUUCCAGUCACAUAAACUUCCUGCAUGACCCUAACCGGUAUCGUAUAGAUGUUAGUCCACCUUCUAUGUCCAGUACUACAUCCAGUAGUGGCUCUUCUAGUCCAAUAAUGGUUGACCAUGAACGACUCACUCUUCCAUUUGAUGAGACGGGUGACAGAAAUACUGAAGAAAUUCCAGAGGAGAUAGAUGGAAAUAGUCAAUCUGACAUCGAUGAUGAUGAAGAAGAUGACGACUAUGAUGAUGAGGAGGAUGAUGAAGAUGAGGAGGAGGAUGAGGAUGACGAGGAUGAGGAAGUUGAGGAUGACGAUGAUGGGGACAAUGAAAAUGAGGAUGAAAUAGACAUUGAAGAGGAUAAAAACAAUGAAUUAGAAGAACAAAUAGAUAAUAAGAGUAUUUCAGAUUUGUCAUCGUCGUGGCCAAAUGAUGACGAAGGAGCAGAGGAAUUAAUUAACUCAGAAAAAUGUGAUUGUUAUCACUGUGUAUCACAGGCAAAAGCUGAACAAAUGAUAAAAGUGGAAGAAAAUCAGUGUCAGUGCUAUGUUUGUUUGCGACAACAAGGAAAAGCUGUUUCUACAUCUUUACCUCAGCAAGUAGCACCAACAUCUCAACCUGGUGAACUACAUUUAUAUCCUCACAUUCAUGGUUCAGCUGGCCUUCAUGGCUUCAGAUCACAUGUUAGACCCUUAUUACAACCACAACUUUAUGACUUACAUAUGCCACUAGGACAACCAAAACCUUUAAUUCAGUCACCCAAAGUUCCACUUAAACUGGAUUUCGAUUCACCUGAUGGAAUUCAUGAACAUAUUUACCAUGCUUAUGGAGACUGGGAUAAUACAUAUGAUUCACGUAUGAUGCUGUCAAACAUACCAAAGUAUGGUCAUGGAUUAGGAAGUGAACUACUGCCAGCUGCUCCAUUAACAACAAAUUAUACAACAAACUUUCUUACUGAGCCAUUCUCUGUGUCAACACAGACAGGAAUGGACACAGUCAUGACAUCAACAUCACCCUCUACCAGUUCUUUCAGGACCACAACUAGCGUCCACACAUCUCUGGCCACCACUCAGGCCAAUAGUGACCAGACUGCCAGUAUUACUAACAAUCAUCUUGCUAUAUCUAGUGUACAAAGUAUUUCUCAAACGCUUUCUAGUACAACAACCAAUUGUAGUAAAAAUAGUACCACUCCUCCUUGUAUAAGGCCAGUAACUCUUGGAGGGAACAUUCCGCAACAGAAGCAGCCUGUGCUUUCAGAGAAACUGCCAGCUCAGCCACGUAAACGCCAGAAUUCAGCCAAUUCUACAAAUGUAAAUAACUCUCCUGUCAAUCAUUCCAAUGGUGGAAUAUCAGAUAAAGUUACUCAGGACUUCAUUCAGACAGCGGCUAGAAAUAUACGUGAAGGUGCCAAAGAAGGAAUGCAAAUGAUCCGUCAGUUUGCCAACAGUUUAAAUGCUAAUGUGAACACUCACACAUGUAAUCACAACUGUCGAAAUUCUCAAAAUGUUCAAUCCUGUACUGAAGGUCCUCCCCCUGGGUGUCGUAAUGCCGUAGCACUUCCCUCUUCUGUGAACAACGUUAGUGUAGGAACGUCCACUGUCUGUAUGGAGCCUGAUUGUGAAGGUCAUUGUGAUGAGAAUGGAGAUGGUAUAGAUGAUAGUUGUUCAGAACAAAGCUCAACUAAUUCCAGUCAGAAAGAUGGCAAAUACUGUGAUUGUUGUUAUUGUGAAUUCUUUGGACAUGGCAAUCCUCCUCAAACACCAACUAGUAAGAAUUAUGCUGAAAUGAGAGAUAGACUGAGAUUAAGGUUAAAGAAAAAAGUUGGAAGUCAAGGUGACACCAAACAUAAAGACACCUGUGCUCAUGCAGAGCACCAUAUGAUAGAGCAUCAUCAGCCUUGUGAAGAUAAAGGCUCAGAAGAAUUGGAAGAACUACUACACUAUAUCAAUGGUACAGAUAAUCAGAAGGAGGAACAGGAAGAUAAACAACUUAGUGCUAAAGCAGCUAAACGUGCUAGACAGAAACAAAGAAAGGCUGAGGAAAAGGCCAGGAUAGAGGCAGAAAAGUUACACCAGGAGAAAUUGGAAAGGGAAAGAGAACUGGCAAAAAAUUUGCUUAAUGCUGCCAAGCUUGAAGAAAGUAAAAAUGAAAAGAAAAAGAGAAAGAAACGCAAACAGGUUGAAGAAAUUAAGCAAGCAGAGAUUAAAAAUAGCUGUGAUAAACGAGAGGAUCCAAACUUAGUACGGGUCCCUCCAUUAGGGAGAGAAGAUACUGACAAUAAAGUCAAAAACAAUGUAAAACUUCAAGUUAAACUUUCUGAUGCUCCACUCAAAUCUCCUUCCACUGAGAUUAAAAAAACAGUUAAAAUAGUCAAGACUGAUCCAGUUAAAACUCAAAGAAUCAUAGUUGAACCUCUUCAAACAAAUGGAAAAGUCAAUUUAAAAGCAAUUAAAAAGCCAGAUCUACUGAAAUCAUCCCCUGUUCAACCUAAAGUACAAGUCACUAAAGGUGCCUCCCAUUCGUCUCCAAGCAGUGCCAAACCUGUUCCAGAACAGACAACUAAAUCAUCAGCGAAGAGAAAAGACAAUAAAAAUGAGAAAGAUGUAGAUACAACAGAGAAAAGAAUGGAUGCUGGUGAUGUAAAACCAAGGAAAGGAAAAACUGUUCACAAUAAUAAUGAUAUUGUUGUUAAUAAAAACAUUGUUCAGUUAAAUGGGAAUAAUAACAAUAAAACAGUAAAGAAAGCUGCUACCACUCCAACGCCUCCUAAACCGUCUCCUCCUCCUCCACAACAAAUCAAAUCUAGUCCUACUAGCUCGCCAUCUUCUCCUAAGAAAGCCGACACUCAAAAGACAAAAGCAGUUGUUAACCAAUCACCACCCCAGGAUCAGCAGCCUAAAGGUGGGAAAAAGGGAAAGAACAAAAAGAAAAAUAGGAACAGUGAAGAUUUAAGUGUAAUUGAUGAAAUUUUCCUUCCCAAGUCAGAAUCAGACCUUGAGAAUGGUGAAUUAGAUGAAACUGAAAAAGAACUUGAAGCCUUCAAAAGAUUCUGUUUGGAUUAUACACCAGUUACUAGAGAAAAAUUACAAGUCAACAUGAAUAUUAAAGAUAUCUUUGUCAAGAAGAAAUCUGGACUCAGCUGCACCUAAUGGCAUCCAUAGAUAUGUUUAGUCCCCUGCUAACAAAUUCUCAAUAUGAAACAGACCAGAAGACAUUUCAUUUUCUAUUUCUUUUGUUAAACUUAUUAUAGGGAAAUUCUGAAAGAGAAAGUAAAACUGCAGAAAAAUUUUGGGGUUUCACAGUUGCUUUUAUUGAAAACGUUUGUUUAUAUUCUUUAAAACAUUAAUUAAAUAAAAACUACUUGGUGAAAUAAGUAAAGAAUAGACAUACAUUUGAGAUUCUUCCCUACACAGGAAAAAGAAUCAAAAUUAAAGUGUCAUAUAAAAAUAAUCAACACUUUCUUAUGAGCUGUUUAGGAAGAGAACAAUUUUGAACAUACAGAUAUUAUCAAUUUUUCACUAAAAGUCUAUAACUUUAUACUAUUUAUAGGAACUUAACGCUUCCAUUCACUUGGUUAGAAAGAUUAAGAUACUCUAAUAUUGAAAAUAAGUAUUCUGUGGUCCAACACAGUGAAGCAAAGUUGAGGCAUUGUUUGUGUUUGUCUCAAUCCUUAGACAUCUAUAGUAAUGAUAACCUGCUUAAUUUUUAUUGGUUGCUUUCUGCCUAUGCAAUUAAAACUUAGAAAAGACUCUCAACAUUAGAUAUUCAAUGUCUUUCAUUGUGUAACACUGGUGAAUUCAUUUGUUUUAUGGGGAAAAGUUAUGAGUUGAUUGAAAUAGUGUUAGUCUGUUAUAAUGUGAAAAAUCAUGUCCAGGAGUAGUGUGAUAGCCUGGCACCAUAAAGAAAUUGUCCAUUAUUAACAUGUGUGUUUGUCUGUCUUAUUUUACAAUUAAUCAUUCAGAUAUCAUAUUCAAGAAUUAAAUUGUCAACCCGUCAUUUUAUAGAAUUUCAUAGUCAUUCUUGAGAAUGUUUCAAUACAGCCAUGCUUUAUGGUGCCAGAGCUUGUCUCUUUUAACUUAUUUUAUUGGGUUUAAUGUGUUUGAAAUAACUAAAUUUUCUUUUUAAUUUUUGUUCAAAAAUUGUUUUGCUGCGAAGCAUUGGAAUAAAACAUGUAUAUGAAAUCUUCCUACUCUUAUUGUUAAGUUUGCUAAUGUUAAUGCAUGUUUGUGUGCUCCUUCAUAUUUGACUGUAAGCAGUAAGUGGUGUAUUUACAUUACUCUAAGUAAUAAAGAGAUUGUUGUUAUUAAUAUAUUGUUGCCUAUUUACAAUUGAUUUUAACUUGGUAUUUUAAUGAAUUUUUUUUCGAGGGAAUGUAAAUGCACCAUGGAUACUGAUAGUAUUAUAAUAAUAUUAUUUAUUGAUAAGUAGUAGUUCUGUAAACUUUGUAGUGUACUAUUUAAAAAGAAAUCUAUGCAAUUUGUUCACCACAAACUGCUUGUUGAUUUUAAUGUCUGCUAAUUAUUUUCAAGUUGCUUGUAUUUUGUUUUUAAAUAAUUUUCUGAAAUUCAGAAAAAGAAGUUUUAAUGACAAGCCAAACAGUAUGAAAAGGAAGGCAUUAUGAACUAUGUAUUCUAUUGAAGGCUAAUUUGAGUCAAUAUUACACAUUAUUACUAUUACUCCAUUAUUUAUCUCCCCUGUUUUGACUUGAGGAACUGGACAGGGGACAUAACUGUGCUUACAAUAAGCAUUAUAUAGCAGCUUCCUGUUUGAUGUUUGUCCUGUCAUUGGUGGCAGAGUAAUAGUAAUAAUACAAUCUUCCUGUUAUAACUGCUGUGUCACCAACGUCUUUUAUUUGUGUGCCUGUUUUAAUGAUACGUUUGUUUGGAAGAAAGUUGGAAUGUGUUUGAUGUUUAAUCAACAUGUCAAAUGUUGAUACUGAAUAAAUGAAAUAUCACAUUGAAA